CAGGCAGAAACAACAAUAAUGGCAGCAACAACAACAACGGCAGAAACAACAAUAAUGGCAGCAACAACAGCAACGACAAGCAAUAUAACUUUUAACGACACAAGGUAA